AUGGAAGAUAAUUUUGAACAACUUGUUAAUGAACUUUUCAUAACUCCUUUAUCAAUUGAUGUUCUUUCAAAACUUACAUUCCUGAUCGAACAGCAAACUUUCGAAUCCGAUUCGUUAUUUGUUUCUCAAUUUAUACAAUCAUUACUUGUUCUAGAACAUUGGGCAUGGAAACAACUCAGCUAUGAUUCUUAUCAAUGGAUCAAUCAACCAAAUUAUUUAACUUUAUUUCAUACAUUUUCAUCGUUUAAUAAAAAUCUAAUUUUAAAUUUUGAUAAUAUUGAAGUUGAAACAAAAGCAUUACUUCUUAUUUCUUGUACAGUAGAUCAAAUCAAUAGUAUAUUUGAACAAAUCAAUCAAAGCAAUAAUGAUAAUGAUCCAUUUAUUGCUAUAAUUAGUUUUUGGUUGAAUAAUUUAGCAUUUUUCAUUCAUGAAAAUCCUCAAUUUGACACAUCACCGAUUAUUUGUCAUAUCAAUCAAUAUAUCGGACGCAACUAUGUUAUGACUGAUCAAUUCAAAUUUUAUUUAACUCAACUUCAACAAUCAAACUUACCACAAUCUAUAUUCACUACUAAACAAUUAUUCUAUAUAAAAACAUGUUCAUUUUCUUUAAGUUCAUAUUUAACUGCUAAAGCUCAAAAUUUUCUUUUUACUGCUGAAGAAAUAUUACAUCAUGUUGGUAAUAAAUAUUUACAAAUAAUUAAUAUUCAUAGUCAUACAAUGGAAUUAUGGAGUAAAGAAUUCCUUAUUUGUAUUACUUAUCUUACUGGUUUUAUUGGUGGAUGUUGUUGGUGGGGUGGAGAAAAAUUAACACAUGCAAAAAUACUUUUUUCAACUGAACAAAUAUCUUAUGAUCUUGUACAAGGACUUAUACGUAUAAUUAGUUAUAAACCAAUUUAUAAAGAAAUUAAAAAUGAACGAUUAAUUUUAAUUGAUAUUAUUUUAAAAUUUCUAUUAUUUAUAUUACAAACACAAAAUAUGAUUUAUGUUUUUCGUUCACAUAUAUUAUUACCUGAUAUACUUUUGACUAUUGUUGAAAAUUCAUCUUGUGACAAACUUUCUUUAUGUGCAUAUGCUAUUUUAAGUGAAAUUUUAACUGAUGAAAAAUUAAAAGAAUUAAAAAUUACCAAUAAUAUUUGUAAUUUUCUAUUUAAUAUACUUGAACAAGGAUGGCAUCAUCCAUUGAAAAAAUAUAAACAAAUGCCAAUUAUUUAUUUAUUACGAAGUUUUUCAUCUUUAUCUAAAAGCAAUACUAUUCAACAAAAAGUUUCUGAUGGACAUAAAUUAUCAUUUUUUAUUGAAAUGUGUGAUGAAUAUCCAAUUGUAUAUGAUAUUAUAUGGGCAUUUUCAUUUAAUCAAGAUAUUCAACAACAACUUCGUUCUAAUUCAUCAUUCAUGUCUAAAUUAACUCAACUAUCAAAAGAAUGUGAUAAUAAACAAAUGUCUAAAAUGAUUCAUGGAAUUCUAUGGAAUCUUGAAAUAAAUCAUGAAAAUCGUUCAACAUUAGAAAUUAAAAAUGGAAAAAGAUUUGAUAUUAUGAUUAGUUAUUCACAUAAAGAUAAAAUAAUUUGUAAACAAAUUUAUGAUGAAUUAAUUAAAUUUGGUUAUCCACAAUAUGCAUUUCAACAGCAACGUAAAAUAGUUCCAGUUCUUUUACAAAAACAAUAUAAACCUGAUGGAUGGUUAUUGUUUCUUAUUGGUCAAUUAUAUUAUGUUGAUUUUAUUAAAUAUGAAUUUUCACGAGCAAUGGAAAUUUUAUUUAAAGAACUUAAAGCUACAAAUAUUGUUGAUAACAAUGCCGGCAAUGUUCAAUUCAAAGAAAAUGCUGUUGUUACAUCUCAUGUUCUACAGAUGUCUUCGCCGAAACUAUAUCUUUCACCAAUACUUCCAGAAAAGAUUACAGACUGGACACAAAUACAUGUACAAGAAUGGCUUACUCGACAUAAUCUUAUUCAUUUAUCUCGUCUUUUAGUUGAUUGUAAUGGUUCAAGUUUAUUAUAUCUCGAUGAUCUUCUUAGACAUGGUGACAUAAAACAAACGUUGAGUCUUCUUCAAGAAGAUUCACUUCGAAGAACAGGACAAAGUUUGUCAUAUAUAGAAUUGUCGAUUUUUGGAUCCCUUAUGAAUGAACAAAAACUUUUUCUCCAAUCGAAUGUUGCUGCACAAGUAACUACAGUUGCUAGUGAUAAUUAUAAGAAGUGUUCGUUAUUUUGUUGUCGAAUAAUGUAA